AUCGAAUAGGUGCUUUAUAAGCAAGUUCUGCGGAACUCAGUAUAGAUCGACUUCUUCAACAGUACGCACAAAAUGGUGUCGACGUCGCUUCUGUGGAUUGGAUUAGUGGUGUUUGUCUGUUUAGGAAGCUGCUACCAAGAUACGGAUCGUCCUCCGAAUCCGAAACAUGGUAGCGGACAGACACACAGUGAAACUGAACGGUCUCGCAUAGCGAUUCAAAUCGAGGAACUAUCUGAUGACGAAGACGUCAAUCCUUGGGAACUCAGUGGACUCUUCGAAGGAGAUAUGCUUCUGGAGUCACACAAUGCUCGCAAUGGGAUAUUGAACGACACUAUGCGAUGGCCCAACGCAACCGUGCCUUAUUACAUCGAGGAUGAAGACUUCACUGAUGAACAAGAGUUAGUGAUAUUGCGGGCCCUCAAAGAGUAUCACAACAAAACGUGUAUCAAAUUUCGGCCGUACCAUAAGAGUGACGCCAACUGGGUAGUCUUCCGAUCGAACGGCAGCGGCUGCUGGUCCAGCGUUGGAAUGCAAUCCGAAGGUCAAACUGUGAAUCUCCAGUCUCCAGGAUGUAUCAAACAUGGAGUGGUAGUUCACGAAUUGUUACACGCAUUGGGAUUCUUCCAUCAGCAAAGCGCCUCAAACAGGGACGACUAUGUGAAGAUUCUCUGGGACAAUAUUGAACCUGGUCAUGAGCACAACUUCAACAAGUACAACGACAGUGUGGUGACUAGCUACGGUGUGGAAUACGACUACGGCAGUGUGAUGCACUACAGUGGUAAGGCAUUUUCGAAAAAUCAACAACCAACCAUCGAAGCCUUGCAGCCGAAUGUAACGCUGGGACAGCGUAAAGGACUCAGCGAUAAGGACGUCACUAAACUGGACCAGAUGUACCAGAGUCGUUGCGUUCAGCGUACCGAUCCGGGCGAUGCCGAGUCUCCAGGUUUUCUGGACCAGUUAAACUCCGUGCUCGGUUUCGCCACUAACAAUAUGCUACCGUAGGAAGACGCAGAUGAACGCAGUGAAAGUCAUUUCAAUCACAAUAAAAAUUUACGACGCGACGACGACGACGACAUCAAUUUGCUGUUAUUACUUAUACCUUGCAGUCGCUGUAGCCGCUAUUCACUGGUAGUCGGUAUUCCAUCCACAUCUGCCAAUAAAUUUAAUCAGCUCCGGGGCCGCAUGUGCAGACCAACCUGUGUGUAGAUAUA